AUGAGCAGUAACGGUCAUCUUACGGCCGUAGGCAGGACCAGCAAUGGCACUCGUGCUUCGGCCUCCGUCGACUUGUCAACCCACCGUCACAACACAACAACGCACCCUCAUCGUUCUGCAGCAUCCGCUUUCCAGCUUCCGGGCCACGCUAUCUACCUUGCCGAUCCUCACCGACUUUCGGUUCUCUCUAUCCACCUCGAAGCCAGCACAACCAUCUCCACAUUCCGUGUCGCACCUUCAAAGGAGCAAGAUCAGUCCUUGGCACAGCAAGGUGCGCAACUUGCAAAAUCAUUGCAUCCUCCCUCGCCCAACGGCUACGGUCAGGCCUCCUCAUCAAAGCUCCAUUCUCCUCAGCCGCCUCCGUCUUCCUUCACCAGUUCGUCUUUCAAGUCUGGUCGCACACGUCCGCUCAGCCAUGACUUCGGUCAGAAGGCCAGAGAUGCACUCAGCGAGUUUGGCCGUCUUGCCAGCCGUAGGACCAGUGCCAUCGAGAGAUCCAAUGGUGCCCACACCUUGGCCCGCGUCGCCGACGGCCUCAGCUCAGCAUCACCUCAGGCCACGCACAGCACACAGAGCAGUCACAUUGGUCGUGCAUCUCUGCAGCCAUCGCCGCUUCAACAAGGUACCUUUCCUUCAACAUCCAGCUAUAACACCAGCAACACCGGGUCAACAAACCUGGCUUCGGAUGACGCAGUUGUGGUCCGAUCCAGCGCUAAGCGUUACUUCGUUCUCACGCCGCAACGCGACCAGCGCUUAACCGCCCAUACUAUUCCUCUCUCGAUUGAGAGCCACACUACCGCCCCCGAUCAGACUCUAUCUCAGUCUGCUCCAGUCGAAUUCGUCCUGCAUAGCGCCAAGCACACCGACUCGACUGGCCCAACCAACGGGCUGAAAGGAGGCCUUGCAGCUUCUUCCUUCGACCCUGCACGCUUGCUGCUCAAGGUGCGACCACCUGCCGAGCAUGCGAGACACGCAUGGUCUCGAGAGGCGACGUUCAUAACAUUCAACAACGCAUCUCAGUAUAUUACGUCGGAGGAUAGCUUGAUCCAGCUUCGUUUCCGACUGAGAUUGUGCGCAUCAUCUACAACCCCAACCUCACCAUCCUUCCCACGCAAUACACCUGAGCACGGUCUCGGUCAAGUUCUCUUCUUGUCAGCUGCAUCGCCAGAAAGGCUCAUCACCGCCAUCGAGUCGCCACAUGCAACCAUAUCAACCCCAGAGCUUGCUACUCUCGAGGGCAUCACUCGUGUUGAAGUAGUGCCUCCGAGCUGCGCCACCCCGUCAUCAGUGGCUCGAGGGGCACGGGACUGCGAUUUUGACUGGACCUGGAAGUCGCUGACUCGCUCCUUCUCAGAAAGGGGCUCUCGUUGCUGCUGCGCAUUCGUGGAGCUCCAACCCGAUGGUAGAACAGCUCAGAUUCUGGCGGCUUUCUCAUUCCACAUCGAAGUGCCGGUUUCUACUGCAGCACAAAACAUAAUGCCAACCUCAAAUGGAGCAGCAUCCGCAUCGCAACCCGGGAUAUCUCGAGCUGACUCAAUGGCGCUCAUCGCCGCACUCAACCUUGACCGCGAUCUGUCGCCUCACGACGAGGUGCCGCCCCAACAGUCCUCUUCCCGGAUUCUCGCUACGACAGAUGAUGCAGCCUCAAAGUCGACAAAGUCACAUCCCCGUCAGGAGAGCGACUGCAUGCCGCUUCUGAUUGAUCGGACAGAGCUUGCUCUCGAGGAUGUCGUCAACGACUCGCCCAUCUUCCGCGCUGCCAUCACCAAUCUCGAGCGCAGAACUGCUUCGAUGAAGAAAGUGUCAAAGGCAGUCUUCAAGUCGGCGCAAGAAGCCCGAUUGCGCAUCCUCAAGCUCGUUGAAGCCGAAGAGGCAAUGGAUGCUGCCUUCGAAGGUCUCGUUGCCUUGGCGCCAGAGACGAUUGGACGCCUGCAAGACCAGUUUUUGCGCCAGGCUAGAUCGAGGAUUGUCCAACACCGCAGAGAGCAAGCCAAUGUCAUCGAGACAUGCCUGGAACGUCCGCUCAGUCAGGUUGUCGAGCUUUGCCGAGUCGCACAAGAAGGCUUCAAGCUCUUCGACAACGAGUCCAAAACAUACUACUCUCAGACGCAAAAGUGGCUCGCCAAUCGCUCGAAUGUUGAUGCAUCGCCAGUUCCACUAGGCUCAGAGGAGCCCACUUCUGCCUUCGCGCUGGAGAGGGUUCAGAAGCAAGAUCGCGCUGACGAGAAGCAAAAGUUGCGAGAAAUGCGUUUCGAGCAGGCACGUUUUGACCUCUACGCCAUGUUGCAACGCCUACACGGAGGUAGAGCCGAGGCACACCUAGCCCAGUGCGUCCUGCAGCUCUCACAAUGGCUAGCGGACCUGCCAACCACUCUCUUCGGACGCAAUUGGACGGUCUUGGAGCAACAGUCGUCGCUACUAACGCUUGACAGCGGUCUUCGCGAGGCUCUUGACGAUCACGCCUUGCAGCUUGAGGAGGUCGAGGCACGCUCACGUCGUCUCGGAGACAAGAUUCGCUCGUUGGAACAGGCCUUAGGCAGGGCAGGAGACACUGACGUGGACAUCGUGGGUGCGCACAAGUUCGAACUGGAGCAAGAAGCUCCUCAGCCAUCGGCUGCCAACGGUGCAAUCGCCUCUAAAGCUCGCAAGUUCAAGUCAUUCCUUGGCGCCUUUGCAGCCGGUAUCAACAGCUCUCCCCUCAAUUCGAGCAAGAGUCCAAACCCGGACGCAAUUGAGCCUCCGAAGCAGACAGAUCCGCUCGCCGUCAACGGCAAGAAUCAGGGACCUAGCCUUGAUCCUCGACGCCGCCUGUCGCUCAAGCUCAAGGCUGACCGUGGUCAACAAGUCGAUGCGAGUCCGUCGUCCCCAGCCAAGUCCCAGGCACCCUCCAGCUGGAAGUUUGACAACAUGCCAGCUACUGCACGAAGAGGAUCUGAGUUGCUACAUGAGGCGGCGAAAGCACGAAAUGGCAACGGAAGUGAUGUUGUUGUUAUAGGCUGGCGUUCCUCUCCAAACGCAGUAAGACCUGCAAGCGAUGCGGGCUCUUCCGCAGCCGGAGGUCACGAGAUCUCUGAUGUGAAGGGAGGAGACCAAGGACUUGGCAUCUUUGCACCAUCCUCGCCCUCUUCCGUUCGGCUUGCUGACCGAGGUGUCACAUCUGCAGCAGCAGCUUCGCCCAGCAUUGCGCCAGGCGGCGAUCGCAAGAAAGAGGGAGUUCUCUGGGUCAUGUCGAAAUCUGUCACUGGUCCAGCUGGUUCUGGUGCCCCACGUGUCGUCAAUCGGUCGGCUCACUGGCGUGAGUGUUGGGUGGUCCUGUCCGGCUCAGGCCAGAUCAGCGAAUACGCCGAUUGGAAGAACGCCAAGGCACUCGAACCCACCAAUCCGCUUAUCGAUCUACGCUUUGCCACUGUUCGUGAAGCUCGCGGAGUCGAUCGUCGCUUUGCGUUCGAGAUCGUGACGCGAGACAGUCGUCGCUUCUUCCAAGCGUCUGACGAGGAGUCUAUGCGCGACUGGAUGCGCGCCAUCUCCAAAGCCAUCGAGAGCUUGCUCAAUGGCACAUCAAGCGUUCGCAAGCUCGACCGAGUCGUUCGCGCCUCACCUUUCGGCAGUUCCGAUCCAGCACAGCGAGCAGGCAUCUUUGAAGAGGCAGAAGAUGAGUUCGGUGCAGGAGAAGGCAACGACUUUGCCGUCCGGAGACUCCUUGACGGGACGGGCAAGGCUUUCAGCCAGAGCAUGACCGACCUGUCUGGUUCAGCCAAGUCGCAAACCGCCGAUCGCAAGGGUCAACCAAAACUCGGCAAGCACCUUGCAACACUCUCCGAAAGUCAUGCAGAGGCUUCUGCUCGUUCGUCAAAGCGAAGGUCACGUCAUGAGCGUGGUAUCUCGAAUAAGACACCCAUCUCUGGCUAUCUCGGUGCAGACGGACUUGGGCUCUCAGCAGCUGAUGCGGCCGCAUUGCAUACUCGUGACGGCACAGGCGUCAGUGAUGAAGGAUUUCGUUCCUCACUUUCUGCGAAUGGCGAGCAUGAUACUGAGUUCGAUCGACAGAUCGAGUCCGCAAUUCACAGAAGCUAUGGCUCCCACGACGACACUGGUACCAGCAACUCUGGAUUCUCACAAAACUCAACCACCGGUGCGGUAGACGAGAUUGGCAUGUUCAAAGGGAAGGACCACAGCAACUCUUUGGAUUCCAUUGGGCAGGCAAAUGCUCAGGGAGUGUCGUCAACGCUCUCAUCCAGAGGCCGCAACAAUGUGAAUGGGAGCGUCGCUAGCACUGCCACGAGCACAAAGAUGUCUCGCUCUGCUGAGAUCGCAGCUAUCUCGCGUCAGCCUGAGAACCGUCGUUGUGCCGACUGUCAGGAUAAUGACCCUCGAUGGGCUUCGUGGAUGCUUGCCAAUGAGCCUUGCUGCAUCUUUAUCUGCAUCGGGUGCUCCGGUGUACAUCGAUCCCUGGGCGUGCACAUAUCGAAAGUAAAGUCGGUCGAUCUGGACGACUGGACAGAAGAGCAACUGCAUGCUGCAAGGGACUGGGGCAACGCCCGCGCCAAUGCAUUGUGGGAGUAUUCCAAACCUUUCGGACUGCUGCCCUCACUUGGCGAUCGCAAAGAGUUUUGGCGGAUGAAAUACGUCGAGCAGAAGUGGAAAGCGCCUCCUACAACGCAGCCUACUCAAUCCAGCCAACAGAAUGAACCAGCAGUAGUUGAGGAUAUGGAUGCCACGCCAACCCGUCGAUCUGUGCUGAUGAACGAUGCGAGCACCAUCGCAAACUCGUCCUCGGAAAGAAGAAGUCAGAGUCACGCCAAAGCCAUUGGUCUCCGUAUCGCUCCAGUCGAUCAGCAUGCUGUCUCUGCUACUCCAACUAAGUUCGCAGAAGGACUUGCAUCGCCGAAACCGAACGGGCCGCGACCUCUUCCCAACAGAAGGUCAGUCUCGAUGCAGUCGGUCCCGACAAACUCGCCUCCACAGUCGCCACUUGGUCCGGACCAGCUGUACAGCAUUAAUGAGGGGCUAAGGAGUCCGACGUCACCAAGCACACGUCAGCGCUUCGACUGGACAGUGGAGCAGACUUCGCAAUUUCGAGCGUCAGAGGAGCAGACAGCUGACUUCCAAAAACACUUCGCCGCUCCCUCGAUGCUUAUGGAGACCAGCCCAGGCAAAGGCGACAACGCCUCGCUGCCAGUCUCCGCAUCCGUUCCGUACCUGUCGAACAUCGGAUCACACCCAUACGUCAGCCAAGCCAUGCUAGCUACCAGAGCAGACCCUCGUCUAUUCCCUUCAGAGGCUCCGCAGCUCGCGCCAACAGACUCGAAAAUUCAAAGCAUCUCUUCAUCGCCUAGCUCGUUCUUCGUCUCGAAUUUGGAUGGACCAUCGCGAUCGCCGCUCUUCUUUGAUGGACCGUUGCCAGGCGAAGAGUCGAGCUGGGACACGGGAUCUGAAGCUGACAAUUUCGACGGCCGGAUAUCAAUGGGAGAGUCUCCAAUCGAUGCUCCUGCGCGAUCCGAGCCUUACAGCGCUUCACGCGCAUGA